UUUUUUUUUUUUUUUUUGAGUACAUCUGGAACUUCCAAGUCCCACCGAACGAAUGUUACUUUUCAAAAGAUGACUGAUACCUUGUGUGGACCUGUUCGUAUCAGUUGCAGUUCACUGCGUCCUGCGCCCUGGACACUGCUCAUUUCUCUUUUGGAAUAAAAGAGUUCGAGUCAACAUCAAGAUGGUCUUCUCUCGACUGGAGCAGCACAUGGCAUCAAAGUAUGCCGCCUUCCGAGUGUAUACUCCAAAGGCGAUACAGAAGACUAACGUGGCUACCGGCAUCACCAUGGCGUAUCUUAUCCAACAGAUUGGAGACGGUAGCUCCGACGACGAGACUCGGUUGGUGUUGAUCAUGGGCUACGGCUAUCGAAAGGAAGAGUGGGCACCGCUGGUUGAUGGAUUGCUCACUCAGUGGGAACAGAAGAACCCUGGUAAGACGCUCAAGAUCCUGACAUUGGACAACCGAGGCGUCGGCGAUACGGAUGCUCCGUGGGGCAAAUACUCCACGUCGGGUAUGGCUCAGGACACCCUGGCUCUAUUGGACGCCAUCGGCUGGAAGACCGCCCACAUCGCUGGAGUGAGCAUGGGAGGGAUGAUCUCCCAGGAGAUCGCUCUAGCUGCUCCGGAGCGAUUGCAGUCCCUGUCCCUAUUGGUGACCAGUCCAGGGUCAUUCACGCCAGAUGCGUCCGCAUACCCUGCGAUCAUCACCACGUUGAUGUCUUCAGACAUGAACAAGGUCACGAAUGCCAUGUUGUCCUUCUUGUACCCGGACUCGUUCUUGGCAAGCAAGAAUGGAGACAACGGUACUAUGCACGACGUGUUUUUCAAAUACCACAAGGAGGUGGCUGCUACGCUAGGAGCUCCGUCAUCGUCCGGUGCUUUUGGUCAAACCGCAGCGCUGGUGCUUCACAGCAUGCCGGACAAGAAGCUACACAAGAUCCGCGACUCUGGUUUUCCGAUCCUCAUCAUCGGGGCAAAGCAGGAUCAGUGUAUCAACGUGUCACACUCACUUCACUUUAGCAAGGUACUUGCGAGCGACCACACCAAGUUGGUGAUGUACGAGGAUGCUGGCCACGCUUGCUUUUUGCAGCACAUUGAUGAGAUUGCCAAUAACCUCCUGGAUAUAUUACAAAGAGCAAAUUUGUCUGCACCAGCCAGCUAACUGGAGUGCUGGGGUGGCAGGCAUCGUUGUCUGUUGAAGGGAGCUUGAUUCGUUUUAGAUAAUCAAAUCACUGAUUACACCUUACCGUAUUAAAAAAGAGGGAGAAAUCCCAUGUUUGAAAUACUCGCCUUGCGUGCACUAACAAGCUAAUGCAGCCGCUUUCCUUAUAUUAACGUUACUAUUCGCAU